UCCUGGCUGGCUGUUUACCUUAAUAUUACAGAAGCAUUCUUCUAUGACAUUUCAACAUUUAACCUUAAAAAAAAUAUUGGUUAUAAAUUUAUUUUUUAGUGAUUAAUUAAUAUUUUUUAAGAAAUAUUAUUUCCAGUUAAUAUUAUUUUUACAAUUAGAAGAAGUUUCAGCUAAUAUGAAAAUAUUUACUAGCCUUUUUGUAGCCAGACCAAUUCCCAAGGAGCCAGUACCAUUCAAAGAAAUUUUACCCUUAAAGCUGAGAAGUGCCGUUUCGGGAAAAGGUGGAAAGACUUCCGAUGUAUGUUGUAUUUACGAAAUGUCCGUAAUGUUUUCAUGUUUUAAAGAAAAUGAAUUUAAUCAAUCGGUCUGUUCAAAGGAAAUUGAAUCUUUCCAAAAAUGUUACAAAGGCCAUUUAGAUACAAAGAAAAUCAAGCAGCAAAAAGAAGCAAAAGGUGUAUUAAUCCCCGGAGAAAAGGAAUUGUCACAUAAACAACUUAAUACAUUGUUAAAAAAGUUUCCAAAUGUUAAGUAGUUCUGUGUUAAUAAACUGUUGUAUAACCUUUUGAAAUACCACAAUGCUUUACCAUAGUGUUUGAUAAAUAUCCUUGGUGGUCAAUUUCACUAACAGUUUUGGAAUAUCAAAUAUAUAUUCAAAAUAACUAAUAUUUACAUAUGUAACUACCUACUAUAAAAUAGAGAAGAUGAAAUUAGCAUGUUGUAAAAAAUAUAUUAUUGUGUUAGUUA